UAGUAUGAGAACAGUAUAUAAAAACACAACAACAGGUAUUGCAACAUCAAUUCCGUGUCAGUGUUCGAUGGAAUCCUUCUUUUUAUGCAGUUAGUGACUUAAAGUAAUUUGCCUGGAGGUCAAGGAAAAAGGCAGACACAGUCACUUCUUCGCCCAGGUUGGGCUGCAGAUUCCCCCCUCUUCGAGACGUUUUAUCAACUGGAUGAUUUUGAACUGAUACUGAGAUGAGGCUGGUGUUUAUGCUGCAUCUGCUCCUGGCAGUUCUGGUUCCGAGCCAAGGCCGCAUCGUCUCCAGAUGUGAACUCAAGAGGAGGCUUGAAAAGGCCAUCAUGCUUCCUCAAGGCAUUGAAAAGUUCAGAGAGAUCAUCACGUCAGUAGUGAUAUGUGAAGUAGAGAAGAGGUCAAGUCUGAAUACCAAGUUGAUCAAGACUACGUCUACCCUGCCGGUCUAUCCUGAACCGACAACCACCAACACCACAAGACCCCCAGAUCUGACAACCACCAACACCACAAGACCCCCAGAUCUGACAAACACCACAACACCCACUGAACCAACAACCACCAACACCACAAGACCCCCAGAGCUGACAAACACCACAGGACCUACCGAACCGACAAACACCAACACCACAAGGCCUACUGAACCAACAACCACCAACACCACAAGACCCCCAGAUCUGACAAACACCACAACACCCACUGAACCAACAACCACCAACACCACAAGACCCCCAGAGCUGACAAACACCACAGGACCUACCGAACCGACAAACACCAACACCACAAGGCCUACUGAACCAACAACCACCAACACCACAAUACCCCCAGAGCCAACAACCACCAACACCACAAGACCUAUCGAAAUAACAACCACCAACACUACAAGACGUACUGAACCCACAACCACAAACACUACAAGACCCCCAGAGCUGACAAACACCACAAGGCCUACCGAACCGACAACCACCAACACCACAAGCCCCCCAGAGCCAACAACUACCAACACCACAAGACCUAUUGAACAAAUAACCACCAACACCACAAGACCUACUGCACUCACAACAACCACAGGACCUACUGAAUCGUCAACUACCAACGCCACAAGAACCACCGAACUGCCAACAACCAAUACCACAACACUCCUGGAGCUGACAAACACCACAAGACCAACAGAAACCUCAAUCACCAGCACCACAAGACCUACUGAACCAACAACCACCAACACCACAAGUCCCCCGGAGUCGACAGCCACCAACACCUCAAGACCCACUCAGCCGACAAAUAUCAACGUCGUAACACCCACCAAACCAACAAACAUCAGUAUCACAAGACCCACCGAACCGACAAAUAUCAAUAUCACGAGUCCCUUCGUGAGACCCACCAGGGUUCCCCCUCGACAGAUAAGACCCUCUGUGCCGCCCCCUCAGCCGAUAGAACCUUCUGAACUGUCAAACGCCUCCAUAGAGUUCAUUGACGCUGACUCAAUCCCUUUGGCACAGCAAAUUGAGAUGGAUGCGUUGAUGAAGCACGUGGAUGGAUUGUGGAGCACAGAAGACACAGGGAGAGGUGGCCCUGCGCGGCGGCCAAGGCGAGAUCUCUCAGGGUCUUCCCGCACUUAUUAUGGACUCUUCCAGCUGUCAGAUGCGGAUUUCUGUUUCUACAAUAAUCCUUGGACAUACAACUUCUGCAUUACAUCCUGCACUGCGUUCAUCGAUGACGACAUCACGGAUGACGUCAACUGCUUUGUGAACAGUCACUUUUGGGUGGAAAUCAUCCGGGGUGCCACCAGGGAGUGUUUUGAAGCCACCAAUCUCUUUGAAAAAUGUGACUGAACUCAAACAAGCAUCAAACGACACCAAAAUGCACAUAUUUAACUUGUUUUAAAAAAAAAAUCAGCUCUUUUUCUUUUUCCCAUCUUCAUUAAAAAUGCACAGCCAAUACUCAGAGGUAGUGAUUUUUGUUGGGCAUAUACAAGGUAUAUUAACAACAUGAACAUUUGCAAGUAAUUUGGAUCAUUUUUUAUAGACAGGUUUUCUGAGUGAAAUAUGGGCGGCGCCAUCUUGGAAAAUUUCUGCUCCGAACUUCCGGUUUAGACAGAACAACAUGAUUGAAAUAAGCACUGUGUUGACAAAAACUGCAAAAUCAAACCAGAGGAACCCAUGAAAACUCCAAAAAUGGAUUCAGCACAACGUAGAUGAGACCUCGAGACCUUUCUAUGCUGUGCAUGAACUCCUGGAAGCGCCUAAAUACGGUUGGACGUGGAAUGUUUUGAACAGAGUCCAGCUUUAAAGCACCAGUGUGGCUCUACCUUGCCAUAUGCCUUAAAUCGAAACCAGCUGCAGACAAUAAGUUAACGAUGUGCUUUAAACCUAAUUAAUUGUGGAAUUAGUAGCCAGUAGACUAGAGGGCAUCCUGCUGUGGGUUAGGAAUUUGCUAGUAGAGGGCAGUGCAGACUCUUUGUUCGUGACUCAUGCUCGUUCAAUUUAAGGACAGAUGGAGACACAGAACUAUUAGAUAAAACAGUGUCGACUUGCUGCUACUGUGCCAGUUUUGAAAAGUAUACACAAGUUUCCUAAGCGAAACAUGGGCGCCGCCAUCUUUGACAUUUUCUGCUAUGGACUUCCAGUUUAGACAGAACACCAUGAAUUGCGGUUGGAGUAGACAAAGUUUAAACUGCCAAAUCAAGCCAGAGGAACCCACGGAAUCUCUAAAAAUAGAUUCAGCAUGACGUAGAUUAGACUCCGGGACUUUUUGAACUGUGCUUGGUUGUGUAGACUCCUGGAAGCGCCUAUAUAUAUGCUUGGAAGUGGAAUGUUUUGAACAGCCUUAAAUCAAAACCAACAGCAGACAAAAAGUAGGAUGUGCUUUAACCCCAAAGGAUCCAUCUAAAAGAUUGUAUGUUUGUUGUAAUCACUUUGUUGAUCAUUCGUGGACCAAAUUAUAACAACCUGUCAGCCUGUGUUGACGUGAGGUGUGGAUUGAUACGCCGGCCACCUGACUGACCAAAAUGAGGUGAAAUUACAAAUAAUAUUUACAGUUGCCGAAUGCAGAAGGGCUGACACGGAUUUUAUUGUUACGAGGAAAUACUACAAGGUAUCUACAUAUAAACAAAAAUAGUCUUUUUUUUUUUAUUGCAGAUAUUGAUCGCAAUAAAACAUUU